CGUGGGAGGCGCCUUUUAUAAGCCCCACUCGUUCUGUGAUGCAAUCGUCUAUUUAAAAGAUGAACAAAAAAACACACUACCGCCCCGAUAAUCAUCGUGGAACCAACGGCAUCAGCAGUCUAAAUCAGAAUUCCGAGAAAAUGCUGCUGCCCAUUGGAAUAUUCGUCAUUGUACUUCCAUUACAGUUUACAGCUGCCCCCCCAUCGCGAGGCGACAGUCUGAGAGAAUUACGCAAGCUAAUGAGACAGCAGGAUGAUGAGCGGCAACAGCCAGUGGCAGCAUCUACACCCAGAACAUUUCAAAGUGAAAAUCAGUUUAAUGAAGACAUCAGUCAGUGGCUGCUGUCCCUGGAGCACUUGGGACUCGAGAUCUUUCAGUUUGUGCAGCAGUGCCGCCAGCCGGGGAGUCAAUGCCAGCAGAGACGUGUCCAUAGGAGGUUUCGAUCUCUAAGGCAUGGCUAUACGGAGCUAAGGGCUCAAUUGGAGGCCUUGGAGGUGAGCUACGUGGGCAGGAUGAGCAGCGAAGAGGCCUGGACUCUGGAGAGCACUAUUCAGAAGGUAAAAUUGGUUCUCAGGCAAUACGACGAGACCUUGCGGCUGAUCAAUGGCCAGAUCUUCAAGUUGGUGGAUCAAUAAUCACUAAUUUAAGGUAGGAAAAUAUUUA